AUGCCUGCCGAGGCUGCGAGCACUUCAUGUCAUGGUUCGAGUUUGCUUCAGGCCGCUGACACAGCUCAAUAUACCGAGUUUCUAAUGUGUGAUACUUGUGUGACAUAUCAGCAUGCAGGUUAUCAUUCGAAAACUUCUACGUCUGGGCAUGUUAAUCAAGCAACUGAAGUGUCAACAUCGACUCCCGAUGAGGGCGUAUUGAGGGUUGUGACUGGCAAAGGCCCGAUCUUCAGCUCAGACUUCUUGGAGCCGAAUAUGCUGACCGAUUGGGAGUUGGCAAAGAUUCGGGUAGAGUAA